AUGUCGUACCUUCAGAACCAGUUGAAGAACUUCAACGCCAGUGUGAUGGAGUCGGCGAACCGGAUGCCUCAGCAGAGACGUGUGGUCAAUAACCAGCCAGCCUCCGGCGGCAGCUCCCAGGUCCCAUCGUCUGCGCCGACCCCCUCGUCCUCUAGUGAGGUUAAAAAGAAGCGUCACGAUGCAGACAUCGUCUACUCUCAGCCAGCGAACACCGGCACGGGCAAAGAUAUUAUGACGCAGGUGUUGUUUGCGAUCGAGCAUAUGAAGUCCAAGAAUACCCCCCUCAAGUUUGGUGAUAUCGUAUCAUAUCUCUCUCUUCAGCACCGUGCACACGACCAAGGCUACGUUCAGGCUCUUCGACGCAUUCUCCAGAACCACGAAAAGGUUGAAUUUGACCCCAGCGGCGCAAACGGCGAAGGCACAUUCAGGUUCCGCCCUCUCCACAACAUUCGAAAUGCCGAGCAACUGCUCCAGAAACUUCAGUCUCAAUCCACUGCCGCCGGAAUGAGUGUCCGGGAGCUCAAGGAGGGAUGGCCAACCGUCGAGGAGGAAAUCAACCAAUUGGAGAAACAAGGGAAAUUACUCGUGACUCGCAACAAGAAGGACGAUCAUCCCAAGAUGGUCUGGGCUAACGAUCCAUCGCUGAUCGAGCACUUCGACGAUGAGUUCAAAGAAAUCUGGUACAAGAUCAGGGUUCCGGAUGCGCCAGCGGUCAAGGAGGAACUCGAAAAGGCAGGCAUUACGCCCACCAACAAAAACAAGGUAGUCGGGCCUCGAGUCGCAGCGCCAAAUAAGAAGGUCAAGAAGCCACGGCGCAGCGGCAAGACGACCAACACUCACAUGAUGGGCAUUCUCAGGGACUAUUCGCACCUCAAGCGGUAG